UGGAUGUUGUCUUCUAUACAUCAUAAUUAACUGAGGUUUAUCCAAUUCAACCAAGCAGCAUACAGAAAGGUGAUCCGUUGAACUCUUCUCAGUACAAGAGGAUGGCGUCUUUCUCAAUAGAAGAUUUUGUUGGGAAUGGAUCUCUCAGAGAAUUGUUACCAAAGCUGUUAGAUGAAGGAUGGGAUGAUGUACCAACAUUGAAGAUAAUGAAUUCAGAAGACAUGGAUGAGAUCGGCCUGACACGCCUGCAGAAGGAUGCACUUGAAAUUAGGUCAUAUCUGCAUGAUCGUGCAUUGAUGCAAUAUGGAGAUCUGCUAGAGGCCUCAGGGAAAGGUUUGCCUGAGCUUCUUAGCUUGAGUACUCCAGAUCUUUCGUCUCAGUAUGGAAUGAAAAGAGGCCAUAUUGCUCGUUUCAUGGACAGAACCACUACAUGUGCUGCAGAUCCUUUGCCAGCAUUAUAUACCGUCCCAACAAGAAGGCGAAACAACUUGGCCUCCAGAAAUAGCAGCAUAUAUAGGAGUCCAAACUCGUCUGCUAAUUCCAGAAAACUUCAGAGUAUGACAAGAUAUUCAGGGAGAAGUAGCCCACAGUCUGAUUUUUCUCUAGAACAAUCCUUAGCAAGUUUCAAGAUUAAAGAUGGAUACGUCUUUAAGGGAGUUGUAGCAGCAAUGCCAGCAGAACCUAGAGCAUGUGGUUGUGUACAACCUCCCCCCAUAGUUGAGAAUGUCGCUCCUUAUUCAGCUAUUGAGAAUGUCUCCAUUCAGAAACUAACUCCAGAAUAUAAGAUUGGAAUGGAACGACUGAUUAAGAAUAAGACACCUCCAAUGAAGGCUUCAGAGUUAUGGCGAGAGAAACCAGCUAUACUUGUUUGCAUCCGUCGACCGGGGUAUGAAUUUUUGAACAUACUGCAUUACCUUUUCUUGUUAACUGUAUUCCAUUAGAUCAAGC